AGCCUUUUCUCCCCAGUGUCUGCUUGUUCUCCCGGCUCCCCCCCUCUGCGCUGUGUCACUGGUUGAGGGUUCGGCCGUCGCUGCUCCCCUUGGCGGGGCCCCGUUGCAUUGCAGCCCGAGGAGUUGGAGCGGGGAGGCAGGACAACUACUUUCCUUACAUUGUUGGUGAGUUUGCAGCAACUCCUCCGCCUGGGCCCCCGACGCUGCUGGAUCUUACUGUCCCCGGGGCCCGUGGAUUUCCCGUUCCCUCCAAGACCAUCGCUCUCCUGGGCAGGAUUUCAGUGCGGGGCCCCAGCUUCCAGUUCCCACCACCAGGCGUUUGGCAUGAGUUAACCAGCCAUGGACACCAAGCAUUUCCUGCCGCUGGAUUUUUCCACCCAGGUAAACUCCUCGUCCUUAAGCUCCUCUGGCCUCCGCGGGUCUAUGACUGCCCCUCUGCUCCAUCCGUCCCUCGGUAACUCUGGGAUAAACAGCUCCCUGGGUUCCCCCACUCAGCUGUCCUCUCCCCUCAGCUCCCCCCUCAAUGGAAUGGGCCCACCUUUCUCCGUUAUCAACCCUCCUCUGGGCCCAUCAAUGGCCCUUCCAUCUACGCCCGGCCUCGGCUAUGGAACAGGCAGCCCUCAGCUUCAUUCCCCCAUGAACUCAAUCAGCAGCACAGAAGACAUCAAGCCUCCUCUGGGAAUCAACGGCAUCCUUAAAGUACCAGCACAUGCCUCAGGACCUAUGGCCUCUUUCACUAAGCACAUCUGCGCCAUCUGCGGAGACAGAUCUUCAGGCAAACAUUACGGGGUUUACAGCUGCGAGGGCUGCAAGGGUUUUUUCAAGCGGACGGUGCGGAAGGACCUGACUUACACGUGCAGGGAUAACAAGGACUGUUUGAUUGACAAGCGGCAGAGGAACCGGUGCCAGUACUGCCGGUACCAGAAAUGCCUGGCGAUGGGCAUGAAGAGAGAAGGGAUGGAACACCAUCCAUCCCAGCAUUCCAGAGAUCUGCGAUGUCAGACGGAACAAGCAGUCCAGGAGGAGAGACAGAGGGGAAAGGAACGAAAUGAAAAUGAGGUGGAGAGUAGCAGCAGUGCCAACGAGGACAUGCCGGUGGAGAAGAUCCUUGAGGCGGAGCUUGCGGUGGAACCAAAGACAGAGACGUACAUUGAGGCUAACAUGGGCCUUUCUCCCAACUCUCCCAGCGACCCUGUUACCAACAUUUGCCAAGCAGCAGACAAGCAGCUCUUCACACUGGUGGAAUGGGCAAAGAGAAUCCCACAUUUCUCAGAUCUGCCGCUGGAUGACCAAGUUAUCCUUCUUAGGGCAGGGUGGAACGAGCUCCUCAUAGCCUCAUUUUCACAUCGGUCGAUAGCCGUCAAAGAUGGAAUUCUUCUUGCUACGGGACUCCAUGUACAUCGGAACAGCGCUCACAGUGCAGGAGUCGGUGCUAUCUUUGAUAGGGUCCUCACCGAGCUGGUGUCCAAAAUGAGAGACAUGCAGAUGGACAAAACAGAACUCGGUUGCUUACGAGCAAUAGUGCUCUUCAACCCAGACUCGAAAGGUCUCUCGAACCCCUCAGAGGUUGAGGCUCUCCGAGAGAAGGUUUAUGCAUCGCUAGAGGCCUACUGCAAACAGAAAUACCCCGAACAGCCCGGGAGGUUUGCUAAACUUCUCCUACGCCUGCCAGCUUUACGAUCUAUUGGCCUCAAAUGUCUGGAACACCUUUUUUUCUUCAAACUAAUAGGAGACACACCAAUCGACACUUUCUUAAUGGAGAUGCUGGAAGCCCCUCACCAAAUGACUUAAGAGGAAUGGAGAGCUUGAAUUUGAGUGUAGAGGGCUAUGAACUCCUUGUUGGAUGCCCUCAGUGACACUUUUGUCUCCUGGACACUAUGGUGAAAAAAAGAAACCCAACACACAAAAAAAAUAGAAACGUCCAAGAGCCCUUAUCCUUAUGUCACAUCUGCGCCUUUACUCCAUGCACAGAGCUAGAGAAACGCUCUAUCAUUGUGAAAAGUGGAGCAGAAACAGGGAUUUGUUGAGAGUGGGCUCCACAUAUUUGCCUCUUUGGAAGAGAUGCUUGGUUUGUCGCUGCUGAGGUUUCAGUUGUUGAUAUUAUUUGGCUCCUUGUUCCCCUGCAUCCCCAUCCAAACACCAGCACCUGGAGUUGAGGUGAAUUCGCACAGAUUUUGGAGAGUGAAUGUAUUUCUGUUUUUUUUUUCCUAUGUCAUCAGGAUUAUUUGAGUCUGACUCCUGAGAUGGGCAGAGUUGCCACUAAAAUCGAGAGGGCGCAUGUCCUCUGAACAAGCUACGAGGAUAAGAGCUGAGUCGCAGCGGUUGCCACUGGGGUUUCUUUCGCAGACAGAGUUAUGCCAUACUUGACUUUCGGCCUUAAUAAUCAAAGAACAAAACCCGUCUCAGAACAGAGCUUACCUUUUAUUUCCUCUGUACGAGCUGGCUUAUACUAUGAUGGAUAUGGCCAUAGAACCGGACUAUUUUAUUCUGUGGUAUACAUGGUAGAGUAUGAAGUUAGCUCCACUGCCUAAUUCAUAAUGUAGAGCAGAGAUGUUGAAUUUGCAAUCCAGCAGCUGUUGUAGAACUCUGUUCUAAAGUUCAGCAGCAGCUCAAGGGACGCACUUUGGACAACCCUGCUGUAGAACAGCCAUUGGGUGAUUUUUAUAGCUUUUCUAUAAGGCGCUUUAGAUCAAGGCACUACAGAAGUCAUUUGUUGUUAUAUAUUUUACAAACAAAAGCUAACAAAACCUCCACUAGGAUUUGCCACCUCUUCAAGAAAUACCCAGAUGAUCAAUGUGGCCCUUUUGGGUUUCACACAUCACUUUUUCUCAAGAGCAUCAUUUUAGGUGGAUAGUAGAGAUGGAAGCAGGAGGUGUUGGGUGGCAAAUCUGAAGGAGAUCUUAAUGUCCAAGAUUGGUUUUGUAGAGUCAAGUUCCUUUACAUUCUUACUUAAGACCUCUGUGCUUUUUCCGAUAAAUGUGAUAUGGAGGCAACAGAGCCUAGCUAUAAUUUAAAAAGAACUUCUGGCACCCUUUGACCCACAAACUUUGUUUCUCUGGAAAGGUAAAUGCCCAAAUAUAUUGAAGAUCCUACAGAGGAAAAAAGUAUUCCACUGUAAAAACCUUAUGGGGCUUCAACCGCCAAUCAUAAAAAUGUGUAUGGUGUUGCAAUGAUUCAAUUGGUUUGUUGAAUGGGCAGGUCCAUGGUGCACUGGCAAAUAUGGACGUAACGGGGAGCUGAGGCUAUUGACCUAAAUGAUUGAAUGAAAACUUAUGUGGGCAUACUGUGUAUGGCCCUUAAUAGAGGUGCACAGUAUCGGCCAGAGAAUGGCUGCGUUUAGCUUAUAUCCAAGAUUCUCCUCCUUGAGGCCCAUCCAAGGUCUGUAACCACCAACCUAAGACCUGUUCAAAGCCUCCAAUCUGUUAAGUAGAAACAAAGGCACCAAUUCAGUUUUUGUUAGUGAAUCUCCAUUUUCAAGGUUGAAUCAUUGAGUGGUAACACCAGACACAAUUUAAGGGUCAAUCUCCAGAAAUCCUGAGCGGUAUAUACUGAAAACUUUUCAUGUGCUGUGUGUCCUCUUACAGGCCUUUUCCUCUGUCGGAAAUGGAAUUAUUAGCUAACAGAAUCACAGGGAACCUUAUAAAAGCGUUUUUUUUUUUUGUUUUUUUUUUAAUUUCUCAUUUUUUUUUACAGGGUAGGUCAGUGCAAACGUUGCAUUAGUUGAACUAUUUGGCCUUUUUUUUUUUUUCUUGUAAAGCAUAAAUGGUAUAUAUGUAUAUUUUUCCAAAGAUUAUUUGUUCUCUUCUUCUUGCUCUUGGCCUGUUUUGUGAAAAAGAGCGAGUUAAUUUGGAAUCUGAGCCAACACUAUUGCACGCUUCCGUGAAGCUUUUUCUCCUCUCUUGCCUGCAAACUGGUCAAGCGCUAUUAUUGCCAUUGUUAUACCUCUCCUGUAAAUCUCAGUUUCUGCGUCUUGAACAGCGGAUCACACUCGCUUUUUUUUACAGAUCAUUUAUAGUGUAGCCAAUCAUCUUGCAGUAGGAGGGCGGUUUGUUGUUUUGUUGGAGGGUGCAACUCCAACUGUAUGCAACUGUUGGUGCCGGCAUAUUGACUCCUAAAGUCGUUGUAUCUCUGAGGAUGCUUAAGUAAAACUAGUUUGUGAUGAAGGUUUGAUUAUGGAUGGAGGUCCAGUCAUUGAAAGCCAAAGAUCACAAGGAAUUUGGCCAUGCGUAAGGCAUCCUGCCAUUUUAUAUGACCAGUAUAGCACUUUUGAAUCACACAAACAUAUAGUCAAAUGGAAAAACCUUAAAAAUGGGGUAAGGGGUAGUAAAAAUUGCCCCCGUGAAAUUGGCACAAAAUCAUGAAGGCCAUUGGGUGUAGGAUUAUGUCUGAGAUUAAGACUUGACUUCAGUCCCCAUGCCAUGGCCAAUUUCUAUGUCAAGUUGGCUUUCUUUUGCUCCGAGGCUGGUUAUUCUGAACGGUAAAUAGGAAGUUUAUUGUGGAAAAUAACAGCUAAUACAAUUAAUAUGAGAAAGUACGAUUUUCUUGUUUGCCGAAACGAAAAUCUAAUUAAACCUCUUCUCCCCCUCUCUGAACGGCAUUUUCAUGACCGUUACUCAAAUAUACCAAGUGCCUGUGUGGCAAUGUUCUUUAUUGGGGUUUGAGUUUUUGUUUUCCUCCUCAGCUCGAAUUGGAUACUUGGUUGUCCAAAUUUAGUUGGAUGGAACACAGUCAUAUUUAUAGCCGGGAGUUAUUCCUUGAAUAAGAUCAGAAUAAGUAGCACAUUUCUGGCCUAUGAAUUACUUUUGAGAUAAUCAGAUGCAAUCGAUCGGCCAGACAAGACACCAGCAAUUUUUUUUAGGUUUCAUUUACUAAAAUCUGCAGAAUUGGGUAAAACCUCAAAAAGCCAUUGUUAGUGUAUAAUGUUAGUGUAUAAUCAGUGAAGGUUUCUCUGUGGAAAACACCAAUCACUCAGGUAUUUCAGUUUAGUGCUGAGCGGUGGUAACGCCAUGACCAAACCUUUCUAAGAAAGAAACGUGGGUAAAUGCAGAUGACUUACGGUUUCUAUUAAUAGAGACCUUUGGGCUAUGGCACAAAAACCUGACAUUCAGCAGUCAUCGUAUGGCCUGGCCUCAAAUUGAAAGAGUAUACCCACCCAAGGAGCAACCAAAUUCCAUAGAAUUUUCCAUAGAGUAGAGUUCCUUGCUUAUAAAGAAGGAGGUGCUGCAAAGUAGCACUUAGUCAUAACCAACCACAAAGCCCCACACCACUUGCGUUCCACGCAAAAAGGCCCAUGUCACUUGCAUUCCACAAAAAAAGCCCCACACCACUUGCUACUAGUGCCUUAACUUACUCAUCAUCCCAUUUAGUUCCCAAGAGAAACUUUCGUGCAUCCCUCACUAGGCAAUAGUGACCCAUCUUAGUGCCUUACUCUAUGCACCAAAACACCAUCCCCAGCGUGGUAUCAGGAGGCGUUCCAACCACCUGAACCACCAGUUUUGCAAAUCCACCAGAAGCAAUGAUGGAAACCUGCAGGGAUAAGUGAAAUGUCUUCAACGAAAAAGCAUCCCAGAUACCAUCAUAUACUCUCAUUCACAUGCUCACCGCUCACUUGUGAAACCUGCCUUCAUGGAUGACUUGUGAUGGUCCCAUUGUUUGGGAGACCCUCCUUGCAUACACCUAGUUGAGUCUUCAACUAAGUAUACUCAGCAGGCCCCCAUUGAGGAACAGGCGUUGAUUUGAUUUAAUUGCAAAAUGCAUAUUUCCUGCUUUUAUAGAAGUAACCUGCAUGACUAAAAUUGACAAUAGUCUUCUCUAAACCCUAUCUACUUGAAUAGUUGUCCAUCACUCUCUAACAGCAAAGGAAAGUUCUGUUGGAAUGCCCCCAAUUGAGUCAAUGCAUUUACCAACGGAUCUUUUCCUCAUCCCAUUAGCUGUAUAUUCUGCCAUACUUCCUUAAGGUCUUUCAGAUUCUGGACUUGUAAAUACUCAGCGCCACCUGCUGUUCAUUUCAGCCAAACGGUCACAGAUGGCAGAAAAUGGAAGUUAUUGAGAACAGAGAAGACUUUCCCCAGACUAACUUAAUUUUCUCCCGAAUGUGGCCACUUGGUCAGAAUGAACAGCAGGUGGCGCUGUUCUUCAAAAUUUAUUAGAAUUAGAAUAUAUAUUAUAAUAACUCAUAAACUAGAAACAAAGAGGUAAAUUGCAAAAGUGUUCUGAGCAAUUGAACACUAUAUUUUAAUCUAUGGCAGUCUGGGGAAUGGUGUUCAACAAUUAGGAAAAGGUCUCGCCGAAAGAUGGCUUAGUGCAUCGGUUUUGAUAUGAUGUAUGGCGCCCAGGAUUCAUACGCAUCUGGAGUGUUUCUAACCAGGUAAAAGAGAUUAUAUUGUAUUGUGCUUGUGAUAUGGUGUUAAAAAUUAUAUAAAAAAAAAAAAUAGUUCAAAGAAAAAAAAAUUAUCAGAAAGGGUAAAAAAAAAAUCAAAAAAAAAAUCUAUUGUAUCAGCAAAAUAAAGAAAAUCUAUUUUUGUAUGGAAGAAAGUUUAUCCCUUUUAUUGCAGGUUUUUGUAAUCACUUUCGAUGUAUUCUUGCCUACGACACUUGUUGGCGCUUGGGGGGGUUGCCAUGGCAAUGCCCUCGUUGGAGGAGUGGGGUGCAAAUAUUACAAGGGGGGCAAAUUCAGGACAAGAGCUUUGGCAACGUUCGGCCGAACGGAAACAGAACGAUUUCCCCAAGUCCCAAAUCCUUGGCCUAAACGUUGUCCAUUUCACUUCCAUUGGGUUAUAGGACUGGGAAGACCCACAUAACCUGUUGACUGUCCAUUCUGAAUUAUGGAACGUUUUCCAAAGAAGAGAAUUUAGUACAGAGGUCUCAGCCCAAUGGGGAAGACCCCCUCACUGAAGGCAUUGAUGGUAUCCCCCCCAUGGCUAAAGUAUUACCCCAUGUUAGAGUGGAAGGGUGGGGUGCAAGGCAUGGCUAUGUAUUUAUACACCAGUUCUUGGCAGCUAGGCGGUAUAAAAAAUGAGCAGGGGCCCCACCCACCAUGUUUCAAAAGCAACCAAUCGGCUGCCUCCAUGUAACUGCCUUUCUGCUCGGCUCUGUUUUACUGUGAAUCACUUCUGCACCCGUUGACUUCAAGAUGCAACUGUACAUUGGGAAUCGGAGUAUUUUUCUUGAUGAAUAAUGGUAUUAGAAUUGUAAACAAAAAACUCAGCAUUUUUAAAUAUAAAUUCCAAGUUGCAA